GUUGCAGAAACCCUUUUAAGCUUUGUGGAUGACAUCUUGUCUGGAGCCAGGUCUCCAUGUGUGAUGUUAGGUGACAUCCCUGACCUACUGUCCUCCUCCAUCAGUAUGAUUAUUCGCUGCCUGGAGCCCGACACCACAUACAUGUUCCGGCUAUGGGCAGUAGACAACACGGGGCGCCGUUCGACUCCAAGUGAAGUCACCAUCAAAACUCCGUGUCCAACUGUGGAUGACGUCAAAGCACAAGAAAUUGCAGAUAAGAUAUAUAACCUGUUUAACGGCUACACCAGUGGGAAGGAGCAACAGACAGCUUACAACACUCUGAUGGACCUGGGCGCUCCUACACUGCACCGUGUGCUUUACCACUACAACCAGCGCUACGAGAGCUUUGGUGAAUUCACCUGGAGGUGUGAGGACGAGUUGGGACCCAGGAAGGCUGGCCUCAUCCUCUCGCAGCUUGAUGAGCUCUCCCCCUGGUGUAAGGGUCUCCUUCAGGAGCCAAAGAUCGGCCUUCGCAGGAUGUCCCUCAAGUUCCUGUCCUGCCGUUACACAGACACCAAGGUCUUUGGGCUCAACUGGUCAGACAUGGGCCAGGAUGUACAAAAGGCUUGUGAUGAGCAGACGCUCACUGUCAUGUAUAACGACUACGGCGAGCCCAGGGAGCUCUGAAGGUUUCAGAUUAGAUUUAGACGACAACAGUUUACUAUUGCAAAUUGCAGUAUUUGUAUUUGUUGUCUCAAAUGCUCCACGUUAUUUGAAAAAGCCAUUAACUUUUUUAACUUAAAUGGCUCCUGAACUAAACAUAUUUCAUGUAUUACGGUAUCCAGUGGUCUCUAAAGUCAGCUCUAAAGAUCAGCUAAGAAAAAGGUCCUAAAUGAAUCCACGUCUCUUUGCUGCCCUUUGUUAGACCUGAAAGACUUUAAGUUAGUGAACAUAAUGCAGUCGUCGAUGCUUUCACCACAAGCUUCUUUCUUCUUGAAGUUGAUCAGUUCUCACUGGUCAUUCUUCACUGCAUAUAAGACUGUGUUGUAAUAAGCAGAGGUGUGGACUCGAGUCACAUGACUUGGACUCGAGUCAUUAAUUUUAUGACUUUAGACUUGACUUGAAAAAAUGACUGUGAC